AUGGAAGCAAAAGAAGGAGGGAUCGAAGAAAGAAAACGACAUCCGCGCAAUCAGAAAGAAGGGAAAGGCAAGAGAGAUGAACGAGCUCCGGGCACCAUCCGCGUCAUGUCGCAAGGCAACAUCAUGGCUGACAAAUCCCGGGAAGUCGUCCUCAAGGAACUCUGCAGCAGGCAGACGUGCAACGCGCUUGACCCCUCGCUGUAUGACUUCGAGGGAGCUGGGCUGGAGAGGGAGAAGUACUCUUCCCUCCAAGACUACAUCGAGUGGACCAAGGAGAAGAAGAGCAGCGAUGAUGACGUGGGCAUAACUGAGUACGUCACCGGCGCUCCUGGGCUGGGGGGGCUACUGAAGGCCCGGUGGUUUGACUUCCGAGUGAACGAGAUGCGCCUGGAGGAGGAGGUUCCUGUGCUGCUGACUGAUGCUGCCUCCCUCCCUCCUCGCCCUUGGCCCCUCCGGGAUGAGCUAGACAACCAGGAUGCGGGCUUUUACGCCCUAAAGCCGCACUUUGGCAAGGACGUUGCUAGAAGAGCGUUCCUGUUUGCUUCCGAGGUCUUCAAGAACUUCACGACAGGAGAAGGAAGUGCUGGGGAGCUCCAGAGAUGUACAGUCAACAUCGGGAGCAGAGAUCCCAGCGGGGCUGACAAAGAUUUUGCACGAUUCUUCCCAUUCCUCAAGGUUUCCUUCGCACUGCCUAUCCAGGCUUCCGAAGGUUCGCGGACCCUGACAAUGACUGCGAAUCAAACGUGGUUCAAGCAGCGAGCAAGAGCACUGGCGACCUGCGGUGGGAUAGAAAAAGUGGAGGAGAAGAAGUACCUGAGCUUCAUCCUCGCCAAGUCAGGAUGGGACACGACAACACUGGUCAACAAGAUUGCGUCCUACCUCAAGGUCAACGCACGAAGCUUCACCUUCGCGGGGCUGAAGGACAAGAGCGGUAUCACAGAGCAGGAGGUUCGUUCCUACGGCAUCGCUCCUUCCCGCCUGCUGGGCUUGAACGAUGGGAAGAUGAAGGGUGUACUCCUUGGCAACUUCAAGUAUGUCGAGUCGCCUCUGCGGUUCGGACAGCAUGGAGGAAAUCGUUUCGAAAUCCUCCUCCGCCAUAUCAGACCGCUCAGGGAACCUUCAAUGCUCAACAAAACGAUGGAGGAGAUUUCGAGGAGAGGUUUUAUCAACUACUUCGGGCAUCAGAGAUUUGGAAAUAGUGCCGCUUCUAUGAUGCCGUCCAUCGCGGUCGGAAAGCUGCUGAGCAAGGAAGACUGGGAGAGCGCCGUCUCCGAGACUCUCCGUCCUCCGUCCUUGAGCUGCAGCCCCAACGAGAGGAAGGCGAAGCUGAUGUAUGCGAAGCACAAGGACGUGGAUGAGGCGCUGAAGCUGAUGCCGGGCUACUGCCAUGACGAGCGGGUGCUGCUGCAGGCGCUCAAGGACGGCAAAUCCGCAAAAGAGGCAGCGCUCUCUAUGCCGCAUGCUCGUCUUUUCAAGUUCGCGUACUGGUCCAGGGUGUGGAACCUGAUGGCGUCAGAGCGGGCAAGACGGAUGAGCAUGGAGCAUGCGGUAGAGGGAGAUAUCGUCCUAGUCCGUAAAGAUAGGAACAAGUCCGAGGCGAUCCUAACAAGUCACUUCUCCUCCUAUACCAAGGACGGGGAGAACACGAUGCGGUUCAACAUCAGCAACUCCAACGCUCCUGAGAUUCACUUUGUGACCGCGAAGGAGGAAAAGGAAGCAGCUUUCGGCAUCUCUGAAGUUGUGCUGCCAAUGGUUGACGAGGAGGUUUAUCCGGUUCUUCCCAAGAACGGACUGAAAACUUUCGUGCGCCGACUGGUUGGAAUCUCUUCUGCCUAA